AUGCCACGUCGCCACCCGAAUUCGUUGCUCGCAUUGCUCAUUUUGGUGUACAUUCACGGGGGCUCUGCUGCUGCGGCUCUCCGAGUUCAGCUGACGGAUUACGAUGCCGAAAGUUGGAGGGGUGUGUUGCGGAGGAGCACGCCCCGCUGGGUUCACGAGGAGUUUGCGGACGUGCGGGUGAAGAGUGCCAGCGAGAACGGAUACGAGGUACGGGUACGGCAGUUUGACCCACAAUAUCCAUCCCGCGUAUUCAGCUGCCCGCUCAAGGCGCGGCCCGCAUUGAAAUCGACGCCGCCGGCCGGAAGACGGUGUACGCGAGCACUCCGACAGACGCGUUGUACGCGAUCAAUGUACGUGGGUGGAGUCGUCGUCAAGUUCGAGAUGCACCAUGUACGAGUUUCAGGUCUAUCUCCGCUCCGAGUGUCUAUCGCAGGUCUCGUGGUCGAACAGCUCGUUUUCGAGCGGAUGCCGAACGGCCAAGAACGAGGCGAUCAGUUUUGAGUCGAAACAGUGAGUGUGUGAUCUACUUUUGACCUACUUGCCCAACUCUUUGCAGAAUCCGCUAUUUCGGCAACAUUUGCACGUUCUCCUACUCGUUCGCCUGGUGGCAAUGGCCCGAUUGGGAGCGAUUUAUCGAUUGGAUCGCGUUGAGUACGUUUUCAAUCCAUUUCAACCCAAAAAACACGAGUUUUGCAGACGGUUUCAACACAGUACUCAUGCCGUUGGGCCAAGAGCUCAUCUGGCGGGAUGUUUUCAUGGGAUUGGGAGUGCGGCGCGACGAGUUGGACCGAUAUUUCACGUCGCAAGCCUAUUUGGCAUGGUGGGUACUACUAAGUAGCCUUUAGAUAUGUUUAGAAUGAGAUGAGCUAGGUUGAAAGGUCAAAAUAAGUCAGCUAAGUAGGCCAAUAACCAAUGAGACCAAUUGCAGGCACCGAAUGGGAAACCUGAAGGGCUACGGAGGUGGUCUCUCGGACGCGCAGCUUCUGAACGACCUAAACCUGGCGAAAAAGAUAACGGCGCGUCUGACGGAGCUCGGGAUCACUCCCGUCCUGCCGACGUUCGCCGGAUUCGUGCCCGAUCAGCUGGCGUCCCUGUUCCCCGCCUCGAAAUUCAACCGUCUUCCGUGCUGGAACAACUUCUCCGCCGACGUCUCCUGCCUCCUUUCCGUCUCGCCGUUCGACGCGCUCUUCGCGCGAAUCGCCACGUCGUUCGCGAAGACGCAGCGGAAGGCGUUCGGCGCGCUGACCAAUUUGUACAGCGCCGAUCCGUUCAACGAGAUUCUGCCGAGCGACUCGUCAAAGUUCGACGCCGGGUUUGUGAAGCAGACGGCGCAGGCGAUCAUGGCCGGAUGUCAGAAGGUCGACAAGAAUUGUGUUUGGUGAGUGGAAGAGGGUCAGGGAAUCAAUCCAUCUCUCUCUCAUUUUGCAGGGUGCUCCAGUCGUGGUCGUUCACCUACGACAAAUGGCCGACGUGGGCGGUCAAAUCGUUUCUGUCGGCGGUGCCAACCGGUGGCCUCCUGAUCCUCGACCUCUACGCCGAAGUGGUGCCGGCGUGGCAGCUGACUUCCUCGUUCUACGGCCACAACUUUGUCUGGUGCAUGCUGCACAACUUUGGCGGCACCCGAGAGUUGAGGGGCAACUUGCAGAAAGUUGAUAAGGUCGGUGAGACACACGAGAAAGUGUGUAGACCGUGGUUGCAGGGCUACCAACUCGCCCUCAUGAACUCCGACUCGAAUCUGGUGGGCGCCGGGCUCACGAUGGAGGCGAUCGACCAGAACUACGUGAUGUACCAGUUCAUGAUCGACCGAAUGUGGUCGUCGACGCCGAUGCCGCUCCACAAGUGGCUCCGUUCGUUCGCCGAGUCGCGCUAUUCGCUCGACGUGAAAGUGGUGCACAAGUUCUGGAAUCUGCUCGCCGCCACGUUCUACAGUCAGCCGGAGAAGGCGCGACGGUUCUCGGUGUUUUUGUACGAACGGCCCGGGUUCGGGAAGAAGAUCGAGUACUGGUUCGGUGUGGAGGAGGCGUUCGCGAUCGUCGGAGAGCUCAUUCCGGCGCUGAUGCACGUGCUCGGCGACCAUCCGUUGUUCAGGUGAGGAAUCCGGGUCACCGGGCCACUUUUAUGUCAAGUUUUCUUGAUUAGAAUCGAAGUCAGCGUUUCCAAUUUUGCAGAGAAGACCUGAACGACGUGAUGCGUGCGAUAACCCAGUUUGAAAUGGGCAACGAGGCGGUCCUCUCCAUUUCGGAAGCGUUUCUGCUCGAGGACAAACAACAAAUCGGCGCGAGUUGUGCGAACCUCAUGGAAAUGUUCGCCAAACUCGACGCCUACACGAAUCGCGACGUCCGGGACUGGAUAGGUGAGUCUGGAAGCGGAAGUCCCGCUUGUUACCAACUCAUUUGCCCUCCAGAAAACGCCGAAUCGAUCGCGGCGAGUUCGGAAGAACGCGAAACGUUCGCCGUCUCGGCUCGCGACCUUCUGAGCACUUGGGGACCACGUGGCGAGAAUGUGGACUACGCGCACCGCGAAUGGAACGGACUGAUCAGUGGCUACUACGCGCCGAGAUGGGAAUACUUUUGCGAAUGGAUUCUCGCGCACGACGUCUUCAAUCACACCGAAUUUGCGAAUUCCGUGUUCGAGGACGUGGAGCGACCCUUUUUGACGGCCGUUUAG